GAACACAGUCAAAGAAUGGCAUCGAAUGAGGGUUAAGAGCCUUUUACAAUGAGAUAUUAGUAACAAAUCAGAAAAGGCCCUUAAGAACAGUAAAUAUACCCUAGCGAAAGAAGCUUAGAAAAUAUUUGAGUCACGUGACGUUUUGCUGCCGCAGCGUGCUGCUGUAUGAAAAGGUACCUUAAUAAAUGGCAAGACCACAUAAAACUUUUACGCGGGAACAAUCGUGUGAUCAGUUACAGAAAGUUAUAUCUGGUUAUCUUUCAUAUCAGUUUCAUCAUGUGAAGUAAUAAAGUUGCUUUAAGUAAACUGCGUAUAAGAUGAAGAAACGUCAGUUAUCAAAAAAACAGAUUUUAGCUUCUACUAGUGUUAAAACUUCUCAGACAAAAAUAUCAUCAUUUUUCACAAAAAUUCCAAAACCAGAAGCAAGCAACAAUAAAGUUGCAACGGAUACAAGUUUUUUAUGUCAAGUCUCCAGUGACAAAAAAAGAAAACAAACUGAUGAUCCAUCAGAAUUAUGUGUAAUUGUUAAGAAAAAAUGUAGUGAUAAUAUAAAGGGUUUGUACAAUUCUAACACAAUUACAGAACAUUAUGCAAAAACAGAAAAUGUUAAGUCAAAUGAAAAUUCAGUAUUAUCUGUAGCUAAGAAUUUAGACGAUACAUGCAAUGAUCUUAAACAAAAUAAAGCCCUGGACACCAAUGCAAUAAUUCAAAAAGCUUCUGAAACAGACACAAAUGUUACAAUAAGAACUGAGCACAAUAUAAGCACAGAGUUCAAGUCUGUCAGCACCGCAAGUACACAGAUCUCAGACAUUGCAAGUGACGAUAAUCAUAGUCUUAAAGAAAACCAAGACUUAAAUAUUGCUUCGAAGUGUUUACCUUCUGCUCGGGUGUUCAAUGAAAAAUCUGAAUUGCAUGAUUUACAAGUAGAAUUGUUUGACGAGUCUGUAAUAAUAAAUGGAAAUGAAUUUGAUGAUUUUUUUAACCAAGAAUGGCAUGCGCAAAUUGAUUUUAGCACUUUGCAAAGAUGCAAGGUGAUCAAUGUGAAACAAGAACCUAGGGUUGUUAUUUUAUCUGUGCAACAUAUCGAGUCCGAGUCCGUUGAUGCCGUUGCAUGUUCUGGAUUUUGGAGAGACAUGCAGGUGAAAAUCGACGACAUUGUCAUGAUACAGGCCACGAAAACUUUACACAAGUGGGUUGUCGAUAACAAUAAUGGUUUCGUCAUUACGCAGCCCGAUCUGCUGAUAUCUAGCACGACGAUCAUGAGUGGUUUAUUCUGUAACAGACGAGCGGUUUUAGCCGAAAAGUUUAGAAAGAUAGAAUUGCUGCCGGACUUGAAUGCUGAUUACACGAUCAUGACGGUGGGAUCAUUGAUUCAUCAAUGGAUGCAAAAGGCAUUGCGAGAGAACGUUCACACACUGUCCGGCGUGAUCAAAUUAAUGGACGACAUGUUAGGAUCGAAAGACACGAUAGAGUACCUCUACACGUCAGAAUUAUCGCUCAAGGAUUGUCGAAAGCGUAUGAUGGAAUACGCGCCUAGGAUAUUCGAGUUCAUUCAACAUUAUAUCAGAGACAACAAGCAACAGCGUAUAAGCGAUUUGAAGGACAACUUUCAGGGGAGUAUCUCUGAGAUACAAGAUAUCGAAGAAAAUAUUCAUAUACCGCAGUUGGGUAUUAAGGGAAGGAUUGACGUAACGGUAAAAGUAAAUAUUCACUCAAAAAGGAAGAUCAUGCCUUUGGAAAUAAAAACUGGAAGAAGCUCUUACUCGUUCGAACACAAGGGCCAAGUUAUUCUUUAUCUCAUGAUGAUGGGAUUCAAGGAUCAGGAUGUUGACACCGGUCUUCUGUUGUAUCUAAAAGAAAAUUCGAUGAAGGAGAUCAAAAGUAGUCACAACGAGAAGAGAGAUUUGAUAUUGUUACGAAAUAGAUUGGCACAUUAUUUUGCCAAGAAGCCUGAAGAUUUUUGGCGUGUAAACUCCGAGUCGGAUUUGGAGAUGAUGAAAUUGCCAGAACCGAUAAAUCAUCACGCGUGCGCUAAGUGUCCCUAUCAAACGAUAUGCUGUGCGUAUCUGACCAAGGAUUCGAAUGCAAAAUUGUCGCCGUCGCAUCCAUUGACAACGUUGAUGAAAGAUUUGCUAAGCUACUGCGAAUCUAGUCACUUGGACUACGUUAUAAAGUGGAUUGCUUUGCUGCAACUGGAAGAACUUUAUGAGAACAGUAACAGCAGCAUGAGCAACUUCUGGACUAUGAGUCCCGAAAAAAGAGAGACAAAAGGAACGUGUAUCUGUGGUUUAAAGAUAAUAGGGAAGGUAAUAGAGAAAGACGAUAGAUAUCAGCACACGUUCGCGCGUAGUAACAUCAAGGGGGAAACUAUUGAAAAUUGCGCGCUCGGAAGCACGCUGGCCGAAAACGAUUAUGUUUGUGUUAGCACCGAUGAACAAAUUAAUAUCUCGGUCGGACACAUAUUCCAUAUUUCGCAUGACACCGUUGCGGUCUUGUUGGAUAAGAAUUUGACGCGACAACAAGAUGCACGUUCCACGUUUCACAUCGACAAGUAUCCUUCCACAAGUUUGUCUACGUUUAAUUACGCAAGUGUAGCCGGUCUGUUAGGCAACAACGAGAUCUGCGUCAAGCUGCGACGCAUCGUUAUCGAUAAGAAACCGGCUUCGUUUGCGGAAAAAGUGUCGCGUUCGAUCGUAUCGGCCAGCGCCGAAAUAAUAAGCGAUCUAAAUGACAAUCAACAAAGAGCUGUACUAAAAGCAGUGACUGCCAACGAAUACGUUCUGAUUAAGGGCAUGCCGGGCACAGGGAAAACGCAAACACUGGUGGCUCUGAUCGAGCUGCUUCAGACAUUAAGAUCAAGCGUGCUGAUUACCGCGCAUACUCACAGCGCGGUGGACAACAUCCUUCUCAAGCUGUUAGAGAAGAACAUUGAUUUUGUGCGUCUCGGUUCGUCAAAGAAGAUUCAUCCGUUGCUUACGUGCAAGAGCGAAGAAUAUGCGAUCGCGAGCUGCGACUCGCCCGAGAGUUUGGAAGCAUUUUACAACAGCAAACUGAUUGUUGGUGUUACGUGCUAUGGCGCGUAUCACGCGCUCAUAAGGAAACGUGUUUUCGAUGUUUGCGUGGUAGACGAGAGCGCGCAGAUCAUGCAGCCCACGGUGCUGCGACCGUUAUACAGCGCGCGCAAGUUCAUUCUUGUUGGUGAUCCAGAUCAAUUGCCGCCAGUUGUCAAGAGUAAAUCUGCCAUAAAGCUCGGCGCGGACGAAUCGUUGUUCGUCAGGCUGGAUAGCGACAACAACACUGUCAGUCUGUGGAAACAGUACAGAAUGAAUGGGAGAAUUAUGAGACUGGCUAAUGACGUGACGUACCAGGGCAAAUUGGUGACAGGUAGUAAACAGGUGGAGAAUGCCACGUUGACCGCCUCUAAUAUAGAGCAAACUCUCGCGUCUUGCGAAAAGUGGAUUGGAAGAACGCUGUCCAGAGAUCUGAAUAAUUCUGUAGUAGUACUCAAUACCGGCGGUACUUAUAAGUUGAGCGAGACGUCUAACGUAAAAGAUGUUACGUCGGAUCAAAUGUGUGCCAACAUCUGGGAAGCAGCCGUUACUUUGCGACUCGUCCAAGUGCUCGACGAAGCAGGUGUGUCCGCCAGAAGUAUAGGAAUCAUUGCGCCCUAUAACGCUCACAAAAAUUUAUUGAGAAGAAUCAUAGACAAGGAGAUAGAAGUGAAUACUGUGGAUCAGUAUCAAGGUCGUGACAAAGAUGUUAUAUUGUAUUCGUGCGCGAGAAGCGUCGAAUGUGAAAACACAAAGAAGGAACAUGAGAUACUGGACGACAAGCGGCGUUUGACAGUGGCCAUUACUCGCGCAAGACACAAAUUGAUCAUAAUCGGUGAUAAAAAUACUCUUCUAAGAUACGCACCGUUCAAAGAUCUAUUUAACGUUAUUGAUGAGAAAAAUGUGAUAAAUUUAUACGAUGGCGAAGAAGAUUUCAGUUGGAAAAGUCUCGUUCGUUUAAUCGACAAUACCAAUUGAAAUAAAUAAUUCAAAAAAGUGAUUUAAAGUUCUCAAAUAUUUACAUGGAUUACAAACUAAUAAUUUAAUUUUUCAUAUAAAAUAUUAGAUAUUGCAUCGCAAAUGCACACAUAUAUAUACGCGAUAUAUCGUGACGUACGCGGGACUUUUAUACAAGAAUAUAAUUGUCAAAACAUUACACAUAUAC